GGGGGGUGUGCGUGUGUGGCUGGGUCUCCAGGCUCUCUAGAGCUCUCAUUGGCUUGUGGCAGCAGGAAGUGGGAGGUGGAAAAGUCAGAUCUCUGCUUGUUGUUGUCUGAGCUGCAGGGUUUGCUGUUGCCAUUAUGGCCCAAAGGGCCUUCCCGAAUCCCUACGCAGACUAUGACAAAUCCCUGGCCACAGGAUACUUUGACUCUUCAGGGCGGCUGACUCCCGAGUUCACUCAGCGCCUGAACAAUAAGAUCAGGGAGCUGCUUCAGCAGAUGGAGAGAGGCUUGAAAUCUGCCGACCCCAGGGACUGCACUGGCUACACUGGCUGGGCAGGCAUUGCUGUGCUUUACUUGCACCUGUAUGAUGUGUAUGGAGACCCUUCCUACCUCCAGGUAGCAGAGGCAUACGCGAAGAAGAGCUUGAAUUGUCUGACAAAGCGCUCCAUCACCUUCUUGUGCGGGGAUGCUGGACCUUUGGCAGUGGCUGCCGUUGUGUACCAUAAAUUACAGGAUGAGACGCAGUCGGAAGCCUGCAUCACUCGCUUGCUUCAGCUGCACAAACUUGACCCGCGAGCACCUGAUGAAAUGCUCUAUGGGCGCAUGGGAUACCUGUACGCACUGCUGUUCGUGAACAAGCAUUUCGGAGCGGAAAAAAUCCCUCAAAACUAUAUUCAGCAGGUCUGCGAUGCAGUUGUGGCAUCCGGGGAGAGCCUGGCGAAAAGGAGGAACUUCACAGCCAAGAGCCCGUUGAUGUAUGAGUGGUACCAGGAGUAUUACAUAGGGGCUGCCCAUGGCCUGGCAGGAAUUUAUUACUACCUUAUGCAGCCCGGCCUUGGCGUGAGCCAAGUGAAGUUACAUAACACAGUCAAACCCAGUGUGGAUUAUGUCUGCCAACUGAAGUUCCCAUCAGGCAACUACCCCCCUUGUAUUGAUGAUGCCAGAGACCUGCUUGUCCAUUGGUGUCACGGGGCACCUGGCGUGAUCUACAUGCUCACACAGGCCUAUAAGGUGUUUGCUGACCAGCAGUAUCUGAGUGAUGCGCUGCAGUGUGCGGAAGUGAUCUGGCAGUGGGGAUUGCUGAAGAAAGGUUAUGGGCUGUGCCAUGGGACAGCUGGCAACGCUUAUGCCUUCCUAACGCUGUACAACCUCACUCAAAACAUGAAAUACUUGUACAGGGCCUGCAAGUUUGCAGAGUGGUGUUUGAGUUAUGGGGAGCAUGGGUGCCGGACUCCAGACACGCCCUUCUCUUUCUUUGAAGGAAUGGCUGGGACAAUAUAUUUUCUUGCUGAUCUCCUGGUACCAACAAAGGCCAAGUUCCCAGCAUUUGAGCUAUAAAGCCCUUCCCAGCAGUUCCCUGCACGAAUCCCACUGCACUCCACAUCCGUUGGACAAGGAGAUGGAGCUUGCUCGAGUCUCUUUUCAAACUCAUCUCUUGUAAAGUAAAGGCGUUCUGUUGAUGGUUUCAGUUCUUUUCCAUAUUUAAAAUUUUUCUAGUGCUCUUUUUGCUUUGUUUAGAUUUUUAAAAAAAAUGUGGUUUUUGUUAUUGGUUCCUAAAGAUGGGAAAUGUACAGUAUUUUGUUGGAUAUGCAAACUCAGAGCUUUGCUAUUUUAUGUAUCUGAAUUCCAGGGAGAAAGUUUUUUCUAUUGAAUGUAACUUUGUCCAUUUAACUUUGUCAUGAGUAACAGUGAUAGAAGCUUAGAGUAUUGUCUUUGGAAAACAAAAGAUGAAGUCUUAUGACUAUUACCUCCUGUUGGCACCUAAGUAUUCUCUCUCCUAAUCAUGGAGUUCUAACUGAACUGCUGCUUGGGCAGUUGACUGUGAUGGACUGUGGAGACGGAAGUUAUUUCUUAUGCCAUCCUCUUGGCAGACUGCAACUGUCACAGCUAUCACUGACAUGCCAACGUCCUCUCUUAAUCCUCACACCUUUCUGCUUUGUAAGCAGACUGUGUUUCACUCUUUGUGCAUUUUGUCAGCGAUGAGAAUACAUAAUCCAUAACCUAUUGUGCAGAUUUCACCAUAUUCUGCUAAACGCUGCAGGAGAAAGCCUUCAGUCACUGAAAGUGUCAGUUCAAAAGAGUUAAGUUACUGCCAAGUGUGAUCUUUCAUGUUCAGUUUUGAAAAACUUUCUGCGGUCUUCACUUAAAAUUAUAUGUAACAUUGCAGCUGUUAGCCUGGUGAACCAGGCCUGGAAACAGAAGUUGUGGGAAAAGAAAACUAUUUCGUUAAGUUUUGUCAGUUUUUAAUCUGUUAUAUUUGUAGCUCUACCAGCUUCUUAAUCCCUCCUACUUCUUUAAUCAGCUUCCAUGAACCUUAGUAACUCGGUUCGCUUGUUACUACUCAUUGUAGCCUGAUACGUGAACAAUAAUCCAUCUGAAAAGUAGCUGGAAAAUCUGCCCCAAAUUGGUACUGAUCGAAUACCUUGUCCAGUCAAUGGGCUAGAUCCUUGUUGGCUGUAAAUCGGAAUUAAUCCAUUGAUGGAGUUUCACUCACUUACACCCGCUGAGGGUCUGUCCUAGUAAACUCUUGUCCUGCUAACGAAUGUGCUCUGGUAAAGGAGCACGCUCCAUCGGCUGCUGGAGUUCCUGAACCUGCUUCUUGGCUCUUCCAUUGGCUGCUGGAGGCGACCUCUUAUUCCUCAACUUGCCCCAGGCCUGAAGAAGGGUGGAAAUGGUUUUGAUAUUUCAAGGCUGCGGACAGUGAGUAGCUAGAAACACUAAUAGAGCCUAAAGACUGCAUCUCGCUUAGAAAAUCAUCUCCAACUCACUUACGUGAACUGCCUGAGCAAGCAGCGUAAACUGUAUUCUGCACAGACCCCUUUGCCACUGCAAGCAGUGCUUUCAUUGACUUUCUCACUACAGGUUUCAGCAUUGAUUGUGUGGACAGCUAAUUAGAAAAAUUGGAAACACAGUGCAGCUAAUUUGCUGUUCGCUGGGUGUCCCAGUUGAAAGCAUCAAGCUCAUUUGGACUAGCUAAGCCUCUCACUGCCGUGUUUCUGAGCUUUUAAGACUGCGGUGAAUAACCCAGAGGAAAAAAAAAAAGUGAUCUCCAGGAUUUGAGUAAUUGAAUAGUUCUGGGGAAGUCCUAUAGAUGAAGCCUACUGUAAGUUAACUUGAAUCUUGCCUGUAGUGACAACUGAUUUGAGACCCCUGUCUUGGUUUUUUGGAUUUCUGUUAAACAUAAUUCCUAUUAAAGAAAAAGUUCAUGCAGCCUGUUGCACAGAAUAUUCCAGCAGCAUGUAUGCUACUGUACUUGUACAUGUACUACUUGAAAAGCGCAGGGGACAUGAUGUACAAGUCUUAGGUUGAAAGCUGUUUAAUAAAAUGCUGAAACAAA